CCAAGGUGUCUUUGCUGCUAGUACCAGCAAAACCUCCCCUCCUCCUCUGCUCUCCCCCCCUGCUGUCCUCGCUGCUGCUGCAGCCGGGACUCCUCAGUCCUCCUCCUCCCAUAUCCUCCGCCGCCGCCCUCCAGAAAUCCCAACGAAUUCUACCCGAAAAUUACUCCUUUCUUCGCGCCGUCUCUUCGCCUGCCGCCGCCACCGCUGUCCCGUGCCUCUCGCUUCGGAUUCCGCUACUUCGUCUCUCGCCGCGGAAGAGGGGAGACUUCAUGAUGCUGAGGCUAGUGUUUCUGGCAUUGACGCUCGCCGUCGUCCUCGGCUCGGCCCACAGCGGUGGGGGGCGGCAAUGGAGGGAGCAGGCGCCGCCGGGGUCGCGGCCGCACAGCGUCACCAUCACCGAGUUCGGCGCCGUGGGAAAUGGCAGGACCCUUAACACUCUGCCCUUCCAGAACGCCGUCUUCUACGCCCGAUCCUUUGCCGACAAGGGCGGGGCGCAGCUGUAUGUCCCCAAGGGGCGGUGGCUCACCGGCAGCUUCAAUCUCACCAGCCACCUUACCCUGUUUUUGGAGGAAGGCGCCGUCAUCAUCGGCGCAAAGGAGUCAUCACAGUGGCCAAUUGUGGAACCUUUGCCAUCUUAUGGCCAGGGACUAGACCUUCCAGGUCCUAGACAUCUCAGCUUAAUAAAUGGAUAUAAUGUAACCGACGUCGUUAUUACUGGGAAUAAUGGAGUUAUCAACGGCCAGGGCUCAAUAUGGUGGGAUUGGCUUCACUCCCAUGAGCUGAACCAUAGUCGGCCUCAUCUCGUGGAAUUUCUACAUUCUGAAGAAAUUGUUAUCUCAAACUUGACAUUCCUAAACUCACCAGCCUGGAGCAUACAUCCGGUGUACUGCAGCAAGGUAAAGGUCCAUAACGUCACAAUUAAGACCUCGUCGGAUGCUCCACUCACUGAUGGUAUAGUUCCAGAUUCGAGUUCAAAUGUGGUCAUCGAAGACAGCACCAUUAGUGUCAGUCAUGAUGCCAUCUCAAUCAAAAGCGGCUGGGAUAAGUAUGGCAUUUCUAUUGGAAAGCCGGCCUCGGACAUUCAUAUCAGCAGAAUGGAUCUGCAAGCAUCAUCCGGAGCUGCACUUGCAUUUGGCAGCGAGAUGUCUGGUGGGAUCUCAGACAUUCAUGCUGAUAAUAUUCAGAUCCAUGGUUCCAAUAAAGGCAUUUCCUUCAAGACCACCCCUGGCCGUGGAGGUUACAUAGAUGAAGUGGUCAUCUCUGACGUAAAAAUGGAUGAUGUCAUUGUGGCCAUUGAAUUCACAGGUAACUGGUCAAGCCACCCUGAUGAGGACUUCGAUCCAUCUCAGCUCCCUGUGAUCGGUCAAAUCACCCUAAAAGACAUGGUGGGGACAAACAUCUCAGUUGCUGGAGUUCUAUCAGGAAUUGAUGGCGAUCCAUUCACUGCUAUCUGCCUCUCCAAUGUCAAUUUCUUGAUGGCUGAGUCUGCUCAUUCCAGUUCCUGGUCUUGCUCCAAUGUUUCCGGAUACUCUGAAUCCGUCUUCCCUGAGCCUUGCUCGGAACUUCAUACACCAUCCUCAAACUCUUCAAUGUGCUUCUCCCUUGUUAGUUACAGUGCCCUUGCAGUGGCGUGAUUGCAUAUAUAGAGUAUUCAUGUGUUCAUCCUUCCUUUUUCUUGUCGUAGUCCUUGUACAAUUUCAGAAAUAUCGAGCCUCCAAAUCACCUUCUUUUUCUCAAUUCUUUCCCAAUAAAUGCAUCCAAAGAGAAUGAUAUCAUACCGCCCCCUUCCGGGGCGUUGCUUGGAUCACCAGCUGCAUAAUGAUCAUGAGGAAGAAUCAAGUGGGGUUGUGGACAGCGAGGUGCUUGCUUGUACAGUUGCAUUUCUUGAUUCAAUCUGUAAGAAGUUUUUUUUCUUUUCGGUAGGGUUUGGGUGCACAACAGUUGCCAUUGUCGUUUGGUUAUAAGUUAUCCCAUCAGGAUUAAAUUAUCUCUCUGUAUAUUCCAUCUCCCUGCGAGCAUCAAUCAAUCUAAUAAACAGAGUCGCAUGUUUAUCUUGGAAUUUGGCAGCCUGUCUAUGUAUGUAGUAGAGCCAGAGGUCUCUCCCUGGUAUAAAUAAGUUUGCUGUCAAGCGAGUUGUUAAGCUGCU